CCGUAUGCCUUAUACGCCUUUACUGUAUGAAUAAAAACCGCAGUUCCCGAAUUAGAUGGCACUAGCCACUCUCAUUCACUGCUCCAUUUGGUUUUCCUCUCAUCCUUCAUCUUCAUCGUCGUUGAAUCGUAUUACUCGAUUGAUACUCAACAGACACACUCGAAACCAGAGUUUGAAGACAAUGGCUUCCUCAUCCCCAUCAUCAUCCACUCAAGUAGUAACCCCCGAUAAAAUCAUUGCUCCAUACGGUUCUUGGAAGUCUCCAAUCACCUCUGACAUCGUCUCCGGCGCCGAAAAGCGUCUCGGCGGCACCGCCGUCGACGAUCUCGGCCGCCUCUUCUGGCUCGAGUCUCGUCCCGCUGAAUCAGGACGAGCUGUUCUGGUUAAAGCUCCAGAGAAUCCUGGUGAUGAUCCUAUUGAUAUUACCCCCAAAGAGUUUUCGGUACGCUCUGUGGCUCAAGAAUAUGGAGGUGGUGCAUUCAAGAUUGUAGCUGAUUCUGUAAUUUUCUCCAAUUACACAGAUCAGAGACUUUACAAGCAGUCAAUUGAAUCCAGAACCAGAGAUUCGUCUCCUUUGCCACUUACUCCGGACUAUGGUGGACCAUUAGUGUGCUAUGCUGAUGGAGUGUUCGAUUCACGCUUUAACCGUUAUGUUACUGUCAGGGAAGAUCGUCGUGAAGACAGUCUGAAUCCAACAACAACUAUUGUAUCGAUUGACCUCAAUGACCAGAAUAUCCAAGAACCAGAAGUAAUAGUUGGUGGCAACGACUUUUAUGCUUGCCCACGUUUGGACCCGAAAGAAGAAAGGAUGGCAUGGAUUGAAUGGGGACACCCUAACAUGCCAUGGGAUAAAUCAGAACUUUGGGUUGGCUAUUUUUCUAAGAAUGGAGAUAUCUGCAAACGCAUCUGUGUUGCCGGCGGUGAUCCUGCACUUGUGGAGUCUCCAACUGAGCCCAAGUGGUCAUCUAAAGGCGAACUAUUCUUCAUCACUGAUAGGAGGAGUGGGUUUUGGAAUAUUUACAAAUGGAUUGAAUCUGAUAACACGGUGUUGCCAGUUUUUUCAUUGGAUGCUGAGUUUUCAAGACCAUUAUGGGCUUUUGGCAUAAAAUCGUAUCAAUUACUUCAGAGUAAUGAGGGAAAAAACUUAAUUGCUUGCACUUACAGGCAGAAUGGAAAGUCUUCUUUUGGAAUUCUGGAUGAUGUUCAUAGCACAUUGUCUCUGUUUGAUAUUCCUUUCACAGACAUAAACAAUAUUACUUCUGGGCUUCAUUGCCUAUACAUUGAGGGAGCAUCAGCAGUUCAUCCUUUGUCAAUAGCUAAGGUGACGUUAGACGAUGACAAAUCAAAAGUAAUUGAUUUCAAAAUUAUUUGGUCAUCCUCACCUGAUAGCUUAAAGUACAAAUCACACUUCAGCUUGCCAGAAUUAAUUGAGUUUCCAACUGAAGUUCCUAAUCAAAAUGCCUAUGCAUACUUUUAUCCACCAACCAACCCCAAUUAUCAAGCUGGUAGGGAGGAGAAACCUCCACUGUUGUUGAGGAGCCAUGGAGGGCCCACUGGUGAGACCCGUGGAGUCCUAAAUCUUACUUACCAGUAUUGGACUAGUCGAGGUUGGGCAGUUGUGGAUGUCAAUUAUGGUGGAAGCACUGGUUAUGGUAGAGAAUAUCGGGAAAGGCUUUUGGGACGCUGGGGAAUAGUUGAUGUUAAUGACUGUUGCAGUUGUGCUAAAUUUUUGGUGGAUAGUGGAAAGGUAGAUGGAGAAAGAUUGUGUAUAGCUGGGGGCUCUGCUGGUGGAUACACGACAUUAGCUGCUCUUGCUUUCAGAGAAACGUUUAAGGCUGGUGCUUCCUUAUAUGGUAUAGCUGACUUGAAAUUGAUGAGAGCAGAAACGCACAAAUUGGAGUCUCAUUAUAUUGAUAAUCUUGUUGGAAGUGAUGAUAAUUACUUUCAGAGGUCACCCAUCAAUUUUGUUGAUAAGUUUUCUUGCCCUGUACUCCUACUCCAAGGAUUGGAAGAUAAGGUUGUACCCCCUGAUCAAGCACGUAAAAUUUACCAUGCAUUGAAGGAAAAGGGUUUGCCUGUUGCUCUUAUUGAAUUUGAAGGAGAACAGCAUGGUUUCCGCAAGGCUGAAACCAUUAAGAUCGCACUGGAGCAGCAAAUGAUGUUCUUUGCACGUUUAGUGGGACACUUAAAGGUCGCAGAUGAGAUUACUCCAAUCAAAGUCGAUAACUUUGAUUGAGGUUUUGGUAUUUUCUUAGACAUUUAAAUCCGACUAUUGAGAGUUUGGAAAAUGAUGAUAAUAUUAUGCCCGGCCUGUGUUCAGGUUAUGUGUCACUUUAUCAUAAUACAAUUUGCUUUUGCCAUUGUAUGGGAGUGUAGUAUUAUUGUUCAUCACAUUGAUAUCCCUUUUGUCUUGUAAGUGAAUGCACAUUGGCUUUGAUUAACAAAUCAGAGUUGAUAAAUAUUACGUUAAUUGUAACUUGAGCAUAAGAUAAAGAGUGGGUACAUUUUGACCCUUGCUAAUAA